CGGAAAGUUCAACACACUGAUCACACACACCACAAUCCAGCUCAUCCACACAUUCAACACAGGCAUUCUUUUCACAAUGCUUCGAAAACAGCUCCUCCGCCAGUCACGCGCCGUGUCUGAGGCCUUCACAUCAACAUCGGCGUCAUCAUUGCCUCAGCUACGCCGAGCUCACUUCUCCUCUUCGCCGCUCACUGCUUCCCUUCGACCAAGUCCUUCCUCCACAUUGCCUUCACGAUGGGUGUCUCGAAGAUACCAAUCAACGGACGCGGAGAAGAAAACUCAAGAGGAGACUCCUGCUACAGAUGAUGCCAAAUCCCCCGAGCAAGCAAAGGAAGAUGCUCACAAGGCCGAACUUGAAAAGAAGAACAAGGAAAUCAUUGACCUCAAGGACAAAUAUCUACGCUCUGUGGCGGAUUACCGCAAUUUGCAAGAUCGGACAAAACGAGACAUGGAUUCGGCACGACAAUUUGCCAUUCAAAAAUUCGCAGCCGACCUUCUCGAAUCAAUAGACAACCUGGAUCGAGCAUUGACAGCUGUGCCUGAUUCAGCCCUUGGAAAAUCCGACGGCACCUCCACCACUUCCACUGAAUCCACCGGUGAAGGUUCAUCAUCCACACCAGACAAAGAUCUAGUCGCUCUACAUUCAGGCUUGCGCAUGACAGAAGAGAUUCUCCUCAACACACUGAAGAAACACGGUCUCGAAAGAUUCGACCCAACAGAAGGCAGCGGGCGAAAAUUCGACCCCAACACCGACGAGGCCACAUUUUUCACCAAGGUCGAUGGCAAAGAAGAUGGCGACGUCUUCUUCGUCCAGAGCAAAGGCUUCAAGCUGAAUGGACGGGUCAUUCGAGCUGCAAAGGUCGGCGUGGUCAAGAAUUCCUAAACUUGGCACAUUCCCGAGAAGGAAACACAAACUUUACAGACGAGAAACACUCAGCCCAAGAGGAAUCUCCCAUUCACUUGGCCAUGAGAUCUCUUCCCUUUGGGUACACCAGGUCACAGACGACCAUACACUUCUCUCACCGACUCACAUACCUACCUACCGACUGACCCAUCGAUCGACCGACCGAGGAAGCGACCACUGUCGACUUACCUCGUCUCGCGUCAACCUGACCUUCCACUCCAAAAAUGGCCUCAAGAAUAGCUGCUGGCCGAGGGCGAUGAAAGAUACCCUUUUACUUGUACAAAACAAUAACCACACACUGCCAUGUCCCUUGGAAAGAAUACUCAAUCCUCGCAUGGCCUCUGACGAACACACACACACAUACUGAACUCUGUGAUGGGAACUAUGGGGUCGGAAUAGCAAACUAGACGUUUGUCCCUUUGGUUGUAGCAUUGGGAAAGGAGUCUUUUGAACUGAGCCUGCAAAUCCAAGCGAGGAAUUCCAUGUUCUUGUGGAUUGUCAUAUUACUCUAUAUAUACUCUGGCAAGGUAUCCUGUAGAUCAGACGGCUAACAUGUCCCGUCGAUAAACAAUUAACUUUUUUUCUGCUCUA